AGUGAGAUCAACACUCUACUUUCUCUGGGUAUUGUGUAUCACUAUUGGAUCAUAUUCUGAUCUCUUUUGACAAAUUUUGUCCAACCUGGCCAUAAAUUGUGACUGAACAUAAAUUGAUAAAAAUUUGAUAAAACUCUGACCGUGCAUCCUCGAAAUCUCACGUCUGGUAGUCAACACUUUUUGUGGGCAGCAGCAACAAUACAGUAAUGGCGAAUCUCUCCGAGAAAUCGGAUGCGUGCUUACUCAUUUCCAGCUCCAAAAUCGAAUCAACACUCUAUUCACAAAUUGAACCAACACACUGCUGACCAAUACACUCACUAUUUGGAUCCGUCGCAUACUCUGCAGAUCCACAGCUUUGACCAUCCAACUUUCUCACCUCAAACUUUGAGUUUGGAUUUUCUGGUUCCAGCCAGCGCAGCAUCGAACCGCCGGAAAAAACUUCAGCCUCCAAUUCGGAACGUUUCUGGUUGAAGGCAGAGACGCUGUUCUUCUUUGUUCCCGUUGCAUACAUAUCGGAAAUUGCCUUUGUGUUUGUGAAUGGCACAAAAUUCUGAGUCGUAGGGGAGGUUAACGGAUCAAUCCCAUAGCCCCACCCUUUACCAUAAUGUACCAACUUUGCUGGGACGGGAGGAUUACAGCACUGAACUCCUGCUGUUGGCAACCCUUGGCAUGGGAGAACUCCACUUGAUGGGUCACACUCGGGGACAACGCCUUGCCCAUAGGGCAGCAAUGGAUUUGUUGGCAUUGAGCUCCAGGCCUCCUGUAGCGCAAAAAAGUAUUUGGAAGCAUCAGCGUCGAAUGUACCCCUUAUGUUGACUAGUUCAAAAGCAAUGUAUCCAUCAGGUAUUCCAGGAGGUAAAGGGGGUAAAAGAAGAUCGUACGCCGAAUCUAUGCCCCCAAAGAGAGUGUUGUACUUUUGAUCAAAUUCCGCUUUGAUUUCAUCAAUAGGCGGAAUUGGAUUGAGAAUUGCUGUCGUUUUGGGAUCUAGGAAUCUGAAUUCAAGGUUGCCGUUAGGGGCAAAUGACGUAUUAUCCAAUUUACCUGUCGUUACCUUCGAAGUGAUAUCGUACCAAGUGGCGAACGCAGUCGCGAACGCUCGAGCGGGUAGAAAUGCAAUCACAGAGUCAAAAGAGGAUGUCGUAUCGAGAAUGAAGUAUCCAUCGUUAGAGGUAGAGGAACCAGCGUCCCAUGCACCAUCCAGAAUAGUCUAUGCAUGAGAUUAUAG